UGCUGGAGGAGGAGAUGCCAGAGAGAUGCAGGACUCUGAGGGGCUCAAACAGCCACACGACUUGCAAGGCUUCGGGUUUUCAUCCUCAUAAAGUUUUAGAGAAGAGGUGGAGCCCUAACCGAGCAGUCCAGUUUGAACAUGGCAGCUCUGGGUCCUGUUUUUGACGUGAUGCCCCCUCUGCCCCAUGCAGAGUCUGUAGAUCAUGGACGACCAGGUUCUGGUUCUGGUUCUAGUUCUGAAUCCUACGUUGAGAAAAAUGUUUCCAACCUCAAAAUGCAGACAUACGAGCCCCGCUCCUUCGGACUGGAGUUUCAGGAGAGCCUUGCCAGUCCAGAGGAGAUUGCUGCAGCAGGUUUCGAUGAGAGUAACGGCGACGGUGUGCGUCGCAAGCGUGAGUUCACCCCCAGUGAGAGGAAAGACGAAAACUACUGGGACAAGAGAAGGAAAAACAACGAGGCGGCCAAGAGGUCCAGGGAGAAGAGGCGGGCAAACGACAUGGUGCUAGAGCGCAGGGUCCUGGGUCUGCUGGAGGAGAACGCUCGCCUGAAGGCCGAGGUGUUGGCCCUCAAGUUUCACUUCGGGAUGGUCAAGGACCCGUCUGAUGUGUCCAUCCUGCCAUUGUCCACACCACCCAGUUUGACCCCCAGUAACACCGAUGGCCUCUCAUACUACAACACCCACCACACCCAGCCUGUGCAGGGUGUCUGGACAGAAACGUCUCCACAGACUGGCAGUAGAGACUCCAGCAUCCGUCCAUGUGUCCCACAGGCAGACAGCACUGGGUUUAAUGAUGACACACUGGAUGAGUGGGUCAGGCCUCCACCAACACAGCAUCCACGGGUGUGUGAGGCAGCGAGCGGGAGAGCAGACUCAUCCGACGGUCUGAGGAACCUCCCACACAAGCUCCGGUUCAAAAGUCCACCCGACGGGAGGAUGUCUUCAUCACCUGAUAGCAGACCUGCUGGCCCACCUGUAGCCAUGGUGGAGCCGAACAUCCAGGUAAAAACAGUCCCGCAGGUGGGAUGGACUGGUCAGGCCGCGGUCCAGCCUCCUUAUGGGUGUGAGCAGCAGCAGCAGGUCCGGGACUCGUCCUGUGGACUUGGUGACUCCUCGUUUCUUCAGAAGUCAAACAGGAAGCUCUCAGCAGGAGGAGAUGUGAGUCUGAAGUCGCACAUCAGCAGUUUGUCUCAGGAGGUGGCUCAGCUCAGGAGGCUCCUCUCCCAGCAGCUUCUCCAUAAAAUCCCUUAAAAAAGAAAUUCAAGCCCAAACGUUGACAGAGAUCUCAUUCACUCAAACAUUCAGCUUAUAACUAAUCUCCGCUAAAACGGCAACGUUUUUAUAACCAAUCUUUAUUUCUAUGUAUGGAUAAAUCAGUGACAGUGACUUUUAAAUUUUAUUGGGUUAAUAUAUUAGUAAGAAGACUGUGGGGAAUGGGGAGCGCUUUAAGGAAAUAAAGGAUGUAACAUUAAUUCUCACUGUUUUGUACAAUUUCAACCAUAUGGUUUGUUUGGCGGGAUUUUUUUAUUUUUAUUUAUAAAAUUACUCGUGCUAAAGUUGUAAUUAGUGUGAUUAAAAUGUUUUUUUUCAGUAUUUUAUUCUGUCUGUUGAUCCACACAAGCACAUAACCUGCUGGGUUUGACCAGGCCAGCUGCAAAACUGACUUCCUCUUAUUUCAUUUAAAGCUUUAAUUGCUUGUAGA